UAUUAUCAACUAAAAGGCGGGGAAGGAAUGCAAGAAAAAACGAAGCAAUUGAGAAAUUUUAAUGGCGUUCACAUUAUUAGGGUUUUCCAUGAACAACGCAAUGGAGCUUUCUCUAAACACUUCAUCUUCUAUAUCUCAAUUCCAACCGUUUCUUCAACAUACUAAUGUGAAUCUGAGAAUGGAGGUUCGUUUCAAUCGCUCAAAAUCAUUUACAGUAACCAGAAUGAGUUCUCCAAUCUCUUGUUGUUCUUCCGAUUCCGCAAUCUCAGCAACGCCGUAUACGUCCUCCACUGGCGUUCCUCGUAUGAUAAGGAAGAGGAGGAGAUAUCGGAAGUUGAAUCCUGGCGAGAAGGAAGGAAUUACAGAGGAAAUGAGGUUUGUUGCGAUGAAACUCAGAAAUGUCAAAGGGAAGAGAAUUGUGAAAGAUGAUGGAAGUGAUGAGGAAGAUAAUGAUACUGACGAGUCGACUCAAUCCGACUCAAUCGAUGAUGAUGAUGAGAACGGGGAGACAUGGCAGCCAAGUUUGGAAGGUUUCGUCAAGUUUCUCGUGGACAGCCAGCUCGUGUUCAAUACAAUUGAACGCAUUGUCGAUGAAUCCAGUGACGUUUCUUAUGUAUACUUCAGGAAGACUGGUCUGGAACGAUCUGAAGCUCUCAGUGAAGAUCUAGAAUGGUUCAAGGAACAGAAAAUUGAAAUACCUGAACCUAGUAGCCCUGGAGUUAGUUAUGCGAAAUAUCUCGAAGAACUUGCUGAGACAAGCGCCCCUCUGUUUCUAUCGCAUUUCUACAAUAUAUAUUUCGCACAUAUAGCAGGCGGGCAAGUGAUUGCAAAGAAGGUUUCUAAGAAAAUAUUGGAAGGAAAAGAGUUGAAAUUUACCGAGUGGGAAGAGGGCGAAGCAGAAGAAUGUUUGAAGGGUGUUCGAGAAAAGCUCAACAUGCUUGGAGAGCACUGGGCGCGCGAUGAUAAGAACAAAUGCUUGAGAGAAGCGACCAAGUCUUUUCGUUUUCAAGGCCAGAUAAUCCGACAUAUCAUCUUAUGAUCUGCUCAAAUGUUCGAAACUAGGUCACCAUUUUUGUCAGUUUUCGACUUUCAAUUUGUUUGCCUGUAAACAUUAAGCUCAAAAUACAUUAAUUAAUAAUAGUAUAUCAAUUCAUGAAGAUGGCCAUGUCUAUUACCUAUGAAAAUGUUAAAUCUACAAAAGAAAAUAACUUGUCUCUCUAAUCUUAAACACUGACUGAGACAUGGUCAGUUGCUACAUUUACUUC